GUUUUCGGGCGCUGUGCUGACAACAUCCUCGCAGGACCAAGGAGCGGAUGGUGCGUCCCAAAGUCCUCCUGCUCGGUACAGGCGUCCUUUGAGCCUUAACAGUCAUCGAGCGAAGCCUUCGAAAAUGUAAACAAAAGCGACGCAGGCGCAGCAGUACUCUCUCCCUCACUCCGCAAGCAGUUUUGGAAAGGAAAGCCGAGCUUCCAGGCUCGCAUCCUGGUCCUGGUCGGUGCUGGUUCGGUCCUUGGCCGUCGUUGGCUGUCGGUUUUCCAGCCCACCUCCUGGCCAGGCUCAAGAAGAGGCUCGGGCAGCCAGCGCUCACAACGCCAGCAGAGUGCGCAGCGUGAUGUAGUCCAGCUGCAGACCGACACGGCCACCGUUAGCAAGAUUCAGCUCCAGCUUUCGCAGCGGCCACUCAGGGAAACUUUUCCACACUCGGGCACGCAUACAGGCACAGACCGCGUCGGAACAGCGGAAAAGCGGAAAAGCCUCAGACAAAUGGCCAGGAAUAGCAGCAGCAGCAGCAGCAGCAGUAGCAGCAAGCGCAGCAGCACCAGCAGCAGCAGCAGCAGUGGCACAGUAGCCGUGAGGGAGCCGUGAAGUGAAACGGAAAAGCCUGAAAAAAGGUGGCGUGAAAAGUACCACAAGAGGCAGGGGAGGGGUGUGUGAAAAUCAAGGGGAACAGCGCGCCCCGUGGAAAUGGAAAUGCCGAGGCUCCUGUUAGCCUCGCCAGCAGCGGAUGUAGCCGCAACAGCAGCGGAAACAGCAACCUGAAUCCGAGUCCGCAUCCGCAUCCGCAAUCGCGCCCGCUCCCAAUUUCUCCGCUCUCUCCGUUCCGUGUUAAUUGUUAUUUAUGUAUAGUGUAUAUAUAAAGUUGUGUGAUACAAAUGAAUCGCUUAGAUCUGAUGGCAAGCGAGAAACUGUAACCUAAACUCAGUCUAAUCAAAAGCGUACAACGACAACAAACGGUUUUGCAAGUGAAACGACAUAACACCAAGCCAACAAACCAAACAAACCAAACAAACCAAAUAAACCAAACAAACCGAUCAAACAAGUAAACAAACAACAACAUUAAUCCAACGGGUCCAAUGUUGCAGCCAACAACAUGCAGCAAACAGCAACAGCAGAGGCAGCAACCAGCAAUCGCAACAGCAGCAGUGGGAGGAGCAGCGGUCCAGGAGCUGCUUCAAAAAGCUAAAGAUCAUGGAGCCUUAGCAGCAGCAGCAGCCACUGCAACAGCAGCAGCAACAACUGCAACAACUGCAACAGCCGCAACUGCAAGCCGCAACAGCAGCAACACUUGGUGCCACAGCGACAACAUGUUGUCCGCAGGCCGCAGCCGCAUCAGCAGCACAACGAUAGACUUCAACAGUCGCCGGCGGAGGGGGCGCCUACGAGGCCACGCCCCCUUUGAAAUGGCAAUGAACAAGCAACACCAAGCUACGAUACUGGACGAGUGUGUAAAUAUUUUCAAGCGCUUAGUAUUAUUAACAUUAAAAACAAUAUCAGCAACAACAACAAUAACAACAAUAACGAAAGCAAAAACAAGAAGCAGAACAGCAGCGCUACCAGCAACACCUGCACCUGCACCUGCAACUGCAUCUGCAACAUCAUCUCGUGGUGCCUCCGCGGAGCAGUUGCUCCAACCAAGUAGCCGCAGCCGCUGCAGAAGUCGCCGCUGCCUCCGCCUGCCGAUCUACAGCAUCCUGCUGCUCUGCCUAACCACCCAGGGAUUGGGACUGGGAGAUGCCGCCAAGCCCAAGUCGGCCAAGCAGCACUUCGGUGGCAGCAGCAGCAGCAGCAACAGCAACAAUCCAAACCAGAACCACAACGAUGUCCUGGGCGGCGUGGGCGCCCCAUCGCAAACGUCCGGCGAGGACGAGGCCGAGAUCAUGUACCCCUUCCAGUCCGGGGAGCAGAUGUUCGGUUUGGAGGAGGACCAGGACCUGGAUCCGGAGCUCAAUUCCAAUGCAGUGCCCGGCUCCGACGAGGAUAAUGCGGCCAAUCAACGUGGUAUCAAUGACACGCACAACGAUAAUUCGACCACCACGAAAACGCCACUAUUCCCGAAAGAUCUAUUCACGAAAGAACAGCUUGAGAACGGCGCUGUCAUCCUGCACAUCAUUGGAGUGAUCUAUAUGUUUGUGGCGCUGGCCAUUGUCUGUGAUGAAUUCUUCGUGCCUUCCCUUGACGUAAUCAUUGAAAAGCUCGGCAUCACGGACGAUGUGGCCGGCGCAACGUUUAUGGCGGCGGGUGGCAGUGCCCCCGAGCUCUUCACCAGUGUGAUUGGCGUUUUCGUGUCGUUCGAUGAUGUGGGCAUUGGUACGAUCGUUGGCUCCGCCGUGUUCAACAUCCUGUUUGUGAUCGGGAUGUGCGCGCUCUUCUCCAAGACGGUCCUGUCGCUCACCUGGUGGCCUUUGUUCCGCGACUGCUCGUUCUACAGCAUCAGUCUGCUGGUGCUCAUCUACUUCUUCCGGGACAAUCGCAUCUUCUGGUGGGAGGCCCUCAUCCUGUUCACCAUCUACAUUGGCUAUGUGGCCUUCAUGAAGUGGAACGUCCAGGUGGAGACGUGCGUCAAGAAGAUGAUUACCAAAAACAAGGUGACUCGCGUCAGAAGUACAGAUCAACUUAUGCCAGCAGGUAAUGCGGCGAACUCCUCGGAAACAUCGAUGGCCACCCAGCCGGGCGGCUCCGUAACAUCGCGGGCGGCCAGCGAAACCCGCUCGGGUCCGCCCGGAUCGAGCAAUGCGGGCGCCACAGGUAAUAGCAGCGGCGGGGGCGGCACCUCGGGUAGUACUCAGACCGGUGCCAAGUUCCGCCACGGCCUGUUACAGCUAAUGAUACACACGAUAGAUCCACUACACGAUGAUGAUGUUCCAGGCAAAGUGGACGAGAAGGCGACGCAGCUGCACGCCAUCGCCUCGCUGAAGGUGUUGCUGGAUGCCACCAAACCACAGCGCGGUGGUGCCACCACCUCGGCGGCCAACCACGUCAAGAUCAACCUCAAGGAGACCACGCUCGCCGAUCGUCCCAAUGGGAACAUCGAUACCACCCUCGACUCGCCAUCGUUGAGUGGUCGACGUCCUAGCUGGAUUGAGCAGAGGGUCAAAAUUCAGACACGCAAAUUUAGCAUCAAAGCGCCCGAAAUCGAGGAUGAGCCGGAACCACUGAGCAUGGCCUGGCCGGACACGGCACGGAAACGGCUCACCUACGUCCUGGUGGCCCCGCUCCUGGUGCCCAUGUGGCUCACACUGCCCGACACGCGGACGCCGCGCGGCAAGCGCUUCUUUCCGGUCACCUUCAUUGGCUCCAUCGUGUGGAUCGCGGCCUUCUCCUACCUGAUGGUCUGGUGGGCCAACGUGGCCGGCGACACGGCGCGCAUUCCGCCCGAGGUCAUGGGUCUGACCUUCCUGGCGGCGGGCACCUCCAUUCCGGACUUGAUUACCUCGGUGAUUGUGGCACGCAAGGGAUUCGGCGACAUGGCCGUGUCCAGUUCGGUGGGCAGCAACAUAUUCGACGUGACCGUGGGCCUGCCGAUACCGUGGCUGCUGUACGGCAUCAUCUAUGGGGCGCCCGUCGAGGUGAACUCGGUGGGCAUGGUCUGCUCCAUAACCAUCCUGUUUAUGAUGCUGGUGUUCGUGGUGAUGUCGAUCGCCUGCUUCCGCUGGCGCAUGAACAAGGGGUUGGGCUUCACCAUGUUUCUGUUGUAUUUUGCCUUUGUCGCCGUGUCGCUGAUGUUCGAAUACGAUGUGAUCACGUGCCCCUUUUAAAUUGGGGGCAGGGGCAAAGACAAAAGCGGGCAACAGUUACCGAGUUACCCGGCUGUCGUGCCAUCGAGCUACCGAGCCAGCAAGGAUACCUGCCAAGGAUAUCUGGAUGCCGCCGAGGACGAGACGAGGACCCCGCCCCGUCAGCCUCACACCCAAUUAGCUAAAUUAUAUACAAGCAAAUUAAUGGAUGAUAAACAAAUUAAUUAACAGUGGACUAAAGCUAAAUAAUCGAAUUGUUAAACCGACAGAAACAGAAAGACAGACAGACAGACAUACAGAUACAGAUACAGAUACAUCGCUCACAGAUACACACACCACAACCGACACACAUGUAAAAGCGAUACUGAAUUAACGAAAUCGAAUACUUAACGUUAACAAAAUGCGAGUUAGUUAGUGCCAGCGUUUCUUUUUCAAAAGACAUUUACUUUAAAGUGUUUAGCGCAGCUUUUUAACGCAAGCAGCACCCUAUCCUAUCCUAAACUCUAUGAAUCUUUGCUCCCAACUAUCGUAUCUAUCUGCGACACUAUCUAAUACCAAUACCAAAACUAGCGAGAAGGAAACACGACAAUGGCUUCCCAACCACUUACUAACUAUCUACCUAACGUUUGGGUUUUAACUACAAGCAUAAGAAACCAGAUACCAUACACCAUACCAGAUGUAUGUUGUAUGUAUCAAGCAAAUAUACAAGUACUCGUAUAUGAAUAUCUCGGCACAAGGCACCUAUAUCCUAUAUGCGGUAUGAUAUGAUACGAUACGAUACGAUACGAUAAAGGAAAGCAGCCUCCAAAAUUUGUGUUGAGCUCUUUCGGUUCGAUCGAUCGAGCAGAAGCCUUUCAUUUGCGUGCUCUACUAAGAUUUCUUCUCCUAAAAGCUUUAUCCAGAGCCUAUCUAAACUCUAUCUAGUUUACGACUUAUACAUAAUACUUAUAUAUCCACUCACACGCACACUUACAUGGCAUACUAUAUAUUGACCUGUAUUGAUUAAGUGAUAAUUUGCGUACUUAUCGAACAAGCAAGCGAACCAAUCGAACAACAAAACUCUCAAAGUAAGCUACAGUUGUAUUCGACGAAUUCAACGCUAAAUCGAAGCGAAUGUCUUUGAAUGGCUUUGAACAAUUUGCUUAAGUGCAUUUGCCAUACAUCCAGACCAGUUCAUUAUGAUAUGAUUAUCGAUUACACUGAUUCCAGUCCGAUGCUAAUUCAAAUUCUAAUUAUUAUUCUAAUUCUAAUUCUAGUUAUGAUUAUGAUUCUAGUUCUGAUCCCGUUUCUAGUCCUAAUUCUAAUUCUGAUUCAUGUUGGCGUGUAGGAGGAGCAGAGUUUAAAUUAAUCUUUAAAUUGAAGCCAUAUUUAUUAUAGACUACUUCAAAUCCAAAAACCAAAAGCCUAAGAUACAAAAAAAAACCAAAAAAAAAAAGAAACUAAUUUCAUAUACUUUUUGCUUAAUGAAGUCCCCCAAGUACAUAUAUAUGAGCAUAUUAACGUAUUUAUAUAUAAACGACAUAUAAGACGAUAUUUAACGAAACAAAACAAAAUCAACUUGCUCUCUUUAUUUAGAAGGUACGUAACAUUUUUCUAAACUAAAACUAAAACUAAAACCCUAAACUCGUAAAACCAAGUGGCCGCAAAAGCGUUGAAAUGCAAAUGGAAAAGAAACCCAAAUAAUUUAACAUAAAACGCAUACAUAUAUACACCUUAAUAUAAACAUACUUAUAUAUAAAUAUAUAUAUUUUAUAUAUACCAGAAGAUAACUUACUAUAUAUAUAUGCAACUAUACUUAAGUAGGCAAUGUAUCUAACGGAUAUCCAGACGUUUGCAUAUGGCUCGCAGUCAAGUUAAGGAAGCGACAAGACAAAAUACAAAUACAGAUACAGAUACAAGAUACAAACACAGAUACAGAUACAGAUACAAACACACACGAACACUCAGAACAGAAAGCAAUAAUUUUUAUUACCAGUGAACUUAGAGGAUUCCGCAGUGGAAUGGCACUAUAUGCAUACUCCUAUAUGUACGACAUGCGAAUCUCACUGCGAAAUUGCGAACAUGAAGACCCACAGGCAGUUGUAACGCAUCGGAAAUAAUUAUAUAUGCAUUCACAUUCGCUGAAUUAUAUGCUGUAUCUACUGAACAAUGCGAUGUGCCGAUGCAAAUGCAGAA